AUCCAUUCCCGGCUGAGCGGCGCCUGCUUCCCCGUCCCAGCGCCCUGCGCCGCCUGCCCGGGGCUGCACCAGACCCACCCGAAAGAGGAAGCGACAGGCGGCUGAGCAGCGAGGAGGCGAGCAGCGGCUGGGGCGAGAACGGCCGAGCCAGCCGCAUUCCGCCGCCGCCACCCCCUGCCCGUCCCGCUCCGGCACCCAGACCCCGCCGCAGCCCGGCUGCCUCGGCCUCCGGAGCGGAGCCUCUCCGCCUCCCUUCCCGGCUCCCGCCCGCGGGGCUUCAGCCUGCCCCGGCAGCGAUGCUGGCCCUGGUCCUGGCUCUCUGUGCCCUGCAGCUGUGCCCAGCCGUGCGGGGCGGCCGGUGGGGGCAGCCCUUCCUGGUGGAGGGGCCGCCGUCCCGGAGGCUGAGCAAGGUUGGUGGCUUCUCCUGGGAGAACUGUGGCAAUGGGACCGAUCCCUUUGUGAUUAAGAGUCUGUCCGUAACCCCGGACCCGAUCCACAUCCCCGGGGACCUGAAAGUCAGCGUGGCGGUUUCCAAUGGUGUUGACAUCGUCUCACCUCUGAAGGCGGUGUUUACCGUGGAAAAGAAGGUAGUUGACAUAUGGAUAAAGGUCCCCUGUCUGGACGAGAUCGGGAGCUGCACGUACAAUGGCCUUUGCGGAAUCCUGGACAACGUCAUCCCCCCCGGAACUCCAUGCCCCGAGCCCCUGCUCAGCUAUGGCAUCCCCUGUCACUGCCCCUUCAAACAGGGCUCCUACUCCCUGCCAGCCAGCGAGUUCUACUUGCCUGUCAUACAGCUGCCCUCCUGGCUGACUAAUGGCGACUACCGCGUCCAGGUUGUCCUGAGCAACGGUGCCAAGCAGCUCGCCUGUGUCAAGGUGGCCUUGUCCCUCCACUCUGAGUGAGGCUGGCCAGCCCUGCCCGACCACAAGCCCGCCCCGCGCUGAGACACACGCUGGAGCCGGUUGACAGCUCUCUUCCUCCUUUUGCUGCCUCUUGCUGCCGUCUGCCCUCACACAGCUGCUGCUUCCCCUUUCCCGCCUCUCUUUGCCCUCUUCCCUCUCAGAAAAGGGGCCAAUGGAAGGGGGGAUGGCGCGGGAGAGAGGCCUUUGUCUUCUGUGCAGGGUGGACUUAGAGGUGGGCAAGGUUGGCAAAUGGGUUGGGUCCCUCCUGAUCCUGAUUCAAAGCCUGUUGAAGUCAAUAGGAGCCUUUCCAAGGGCUCCGGCCCCUAGUGAGGAGACUUAGAAUCAUAGAAUCACAGAAUAUCAGGGUUGGAAGGGACCUCAGGAGGUCAUCUAGUCCAACCUCCUGCUCAAAGCAGGACCAAUUCUCAAUUAAAUCAUGAGAUUAAAGACUUGAGAGAGUCUUCAUCACAGUCCCUACAAUUGCAGCCCCACUUGUUGCAUUUCCCAGUGGGGCUUUGAUCCCUUCCCUCCACCCCUGUCCAUGCUGUUCUGUAGAGCAGCGUCCCUCUCCUGGUCCAGGUCAGCUGUGCACCAUUCCCCAUGCCAGCUUUGGGCUGAUCCACUGAAGUCAAUAGAAACCCUCCUCCCAGCCCCUGUUGAUUUCAGGCCCGUAUGGAUCAGGCCCAUAGGGAGGCACAUGGCACUAAACAGAACUUCCCAUCGCAGUUGCUGGUUGAUUCCCAGCUGCGCUUUGCUGGGGAACGCCCUGCACUGCAGCGCAAUGUGCUGGAUGGCCAUAUGGGUCUCUUCUGCCAGACUUCUCUGAUCCUAGGAAAUAUCAGGUUAAACUGCUGGCUCAGGUCUAAUGCCGAGUCUUUCUCAUCAUAUGCUAGUGGUGGCUCUAGCUUUCAGGAGCUCCGUUCCAGGCCAGAAUGUCCCCCAUGCACUCUCUCACCUUGAGAGAGUUGUAUCGCUGUGCUACAAGCCAGCCUUAUGGAGGGGGGUCUAGUUUGAUUAUUUUCCCACAUAUGUAAUGAAAUUGCAUUCUUCAUGUUGCUUAACGCUCCCUUCUCCCCCCCUCCAGUCAGUAACAGUGGGAGGGCCCGUUAGCCCUCCAGCUGACUGGCUUAAAACAAAAUGGGGUGUCACAAUAUUCCACACGUUGAGUGUCCUAGUUAACCUUGACCAUCCUAGGGGUUUUUGCCAUCUGUUGGCUAGGGCGUGGGGCUGUUUUUGUUUGUCUGGGUUUUUUAAAAAUAUCACACAGGGAAUUUUAGAAAAAAAAAUUGAAAGAAGAAAGCAGAAAUAAAUAGUUCUUUUAAACAAUCAGUUGGAAAAAGGAAAAGAGAGGCUUAGAGCUGGCCGCCCCUCUCUGCAAUGUGGGGUUCGACUGCUGGUCAGGAGUGCCGUCUUAUAUACUUUGAGGGUGUAAGCCCCCUCCAGGAAGGUGCGCCCCGACACUUGAGAGGAGAGAUGCACGCGCAGGUAGACUGAUACGUUCAUUCUUACUGGCCACUGCUGGAGACAGGAUACUGGGCUAGAUGGACCAUGGUCUAUCUUGGGGUGGCACUUCUUAUGUUUCUGAGUCAACCUGGGCAGUAGCAGCAGGAGACCUGUCAACAGUAAGAGCUGUCCAGCUAGCACUGAAUUCUCUGACAACAAAUAAGCUUCCUAAACGGGACCACGCUGGACCAGAUCCAUUCCGAAGAAGCCAUUGCUUAUGGUAAUGUAAGGAGAGCCAGGAGGGUGGGCAUUGCCAGCCAAAGAGGCAGAUCUUCAACAGCAUGGACAUUAUCUCUCUCCCAUGUCUGCAUUAAAAAAUUAAAAGAGGGAUAGAACAAGAAAACAAUGUACUCAUUCUCACUACCAGAGGACCAAAUGACUCAUUCUGCUCUGGGCUUCUGUUACUCUAAAAAGGAUGUGGUUGUCACAGCUUGAACCAAAGGAACAAUUUGGUUGGCUGGUGAGGAUUCCAAGCAGUGUAAUUACGAAACUGAAAAUCACCCGACUGUGAACUUCCCGACCACAGUGUUAAAGUGACCAUUUCAUAAAUGUGCUAACCCAUGGUGAGGCAGGCCGUCACACUGCCAUAUCCUGGGCAGAGGAACAAAUGAAUUUAGAACCUCGUGAGUUUGCAGCCACCAUAUUUAGCAGCUACAGCAAAGGAAUGGUGCAACUCAAAAUGUGCUGAUCAGACUCUUUCUACAGGACGUGGUUCAAGGACGUUCGUCGGUCUUGACAGGCUUUAGGGAGAAGAGUCUCUGUUUGGCAUAAAUUGUUGUAGCUCAGGAUGUGGCCCUGGAAAUAGAGAGUCGGGACCCUAAUCCGGUGUACCGUGAGCUGUUGAUUUGUUCACUUUGGGUGCGAUUCUGCACCGUUAAUGGGAGCUUUGCCAUUGAUUUCAAUGGGUAUAGGAUCAAAUUGCUUGGGUGGUGUUUUUUCAGCACUGUAAGUCCCUGCCUCCCAAUUCACAUACUGGGCUGUCAUUGCACCUGCAGAUCCAGUUCAGUGCAGCUAACCCUAAGAUGUGUGUAGAAUACAUAACCCAAUCACUGCACACCCCGUCCCGUAUUAGUGCACUGGAGCUAUAUGUAUACAAUCAUCAGAGAGGUAGCUGUGUUAGUCUAUAUCCACAGAAACAAUGAGGAGUCCGGUGGCACCUUAAAGACUAACACAUUUAUUUGGGCAUAAGCUUUUGUGGGUAGAAAACCCCACUUCUUCAGAUGUAUGGAGAACUUCUUCCAGGCAUCUGAAGAAGUGGGUUUUUUACCCACGAAAGCUUAUGCCCAAAUAAAUCUGUUAAGUCUUUAAGGUGCCACCGGACUCCUCGUUGUUUUUAUGUAUACAACUGUCGCUGUGUUAGCGCACCUGAGGUGUGAGUGGAUUCACACCAUCACUGCACACCUGCUAUUGCAGCUGAGGUGCAUGUGUGUGCCAUGCAAUCCCUACCUUGUACCCUGUAUUGUUACCAUCGAUUUGUGUGGAUAAGACACUCUCACUGCACGCCCUGUAUUAUUUUGUGCAAGACAGGUGUAUAUGACCUCAUCAGUGCACACCUGUCCUGUGCUGUUGCGGUACAUCACCACGUCCUCUGUCUUCCAUUACUACCCUCUGAGCGUGCACAUGUGACAGCCAUUGCUCACUCUGCUCUGUAUUACAUCUGUGAUGCAUGUGUAUGACACCCUAAUAAUACUACUUAGCAGCUGUAUAGGGCAGAUCUUCAAAGCACUUUAGAAGCCUUAACUACUGAAUGCCCGCAGUCCAUGGACUGGUGUGAUAGUGAUUAGCAUUGGGCUAACGCACAAUGUUUUGCACAGUCUGUGUGCCCAUGACAGGUUUAAGAGACAAAGGCCUUUGGUCACCUUUCUCCUUCCUAAAUUUGCUACGCUUUAUAGCGACAUCCUAACCGACAGUGGGUUUUGCUCUGCUCUGUUCUGUGUGGAGAAGCACUAACUGUCCUGCCGAUUCCUGCAUCCUUACUGCUUAGCUGAAGCCUGCUGGUUUCUUGGGAGGCAGCGGCCCUUAGUGCUGGGGCCACAACGAGUGCUUAAUAAAUCUUUUUAACUGGA